CGAGGAUGCAAGGAUGCUUUUCGAGCAGCAUGCCAAACUGGACGCCGGACUGGAUCGAAGCCUGGUGGAAGAGAUUGUGGGCGAAUGCAAGGGCGUACCCCUGGUGCUCGAAAUGGCUGGUUUGAUGCUCCAAGGGAAAAGCGAUGAGCGCGACUGGAGAGGCGCCAAGAGCAAGUUAAGCUCCUAUCCAGAAGUUGUGGACAAGUUGCGCAUCAGCCUGGAGCCGCUGCAUCAAAGAGAGAGGGAAAUCUUUCUCGACAUUUGCUGCUUCUUUGGAGAGGUGAGCAGGGCAAGCGUUUGCUGGAUCUGGGAAGCCAUGGAAGACGUCGAGGAGAGCAUGAUGAACCAUGAUAUCAAAGUCUUGUUGACAAGCACUUACUGCGGCUGGAAAGCUUGAAGUUGAUGCCGUCUCACGAUCUCAUACGUGACGUGGCCCGCGAGGAAGUGAACAGGGAAUCCCAAAGCAUUGGAGAGAGGAGGAACUACAAAGACGCUGAUAAACUCUUGACCAGAAGCAUGGUGACUCCAAAGAUCAGAACAAUGAGCUUAUUUGGCAGCAAAGUCUCAAGACGAGACACACGCAUGACUUUGGAUGUACUGCCUUCGUCAUUCAUCUCCUGCCUCGAAGACAAUAUCAGCUUCUUGGACCUUUCUGGAAGCAACAUCACCAGGCUUUGGGAUGACCAUCACGAGCACAAGGUGGUAAUGGACAAAUUGGUGGAGUUGAUGUUGGAUAAAUGCAAAAGCUUGACAACCAUCAAACAAGUGGAGCUAUGCAAAGAUAUCAGAAGUAUCUCGUUGAGAUUUUGUUCCGCUCUAACACGACUUGCCAACUUGACUGAAAAGCUUGAGAUGCUCGACCUUACCGGAUGCAAAAGCUUGACUCUGCUACCAGACUUUCCCAGCCACUGCGGGAUCCGAAGGCUAUCUUUAAGGUGGUGUUCCAGAAUUCAGGAGCUCCCUGACUCUAUUGGCAACCUUGAAAGGCUGGAAACCUUUGAUCUGGCUGGCACGUCAGUUUCUAGUCUCCCUGGGGCAUUUGGCAACAUAAAAAAGCUCGAGAAUCUGGAUAUCUCCUUCUGCAUGAGCCUUAGCUCAUUGCCGACGUCGUUUGCUGGGCUGUCUCACUUGAAGUCUCUCCACAUGUUUCGAUGUGGUAUCGUGAAGUUAAAUCAAGGUUUUGGUGAGCUGAGGAGCCUUGUUAACCUCGACAUGGCGGAGUGCUCGCAGUUUACAGAGCUCUCACCUGAUUUUGGCAAGCUGGUGAGCUUGGAGGAGCUGAUCCUCAAGAACUGUAAGGAAUUCAGCAUGCUCCCUCAAGGCUUUGAGAACCUGAAAAAUCUGUUGAAGCUGGAUCUCGAAGGAUGUGCUCUUGUUCAACUGCCGGAUGCUUUUGGAGGCCUCGGUUCAUUGACGAGGCUUAACAGUGCUUAUAGCCGGAUCCAAGCCGUGCCUCUCUCUGUUUCCUAUCUUGACAAAACAGAACAACUUCGGCUUGAUCACUGCUUCCUAUUAACCAAGGUAAGUGGGCUGCCAGGAGCACUGAAAAGCAUACCCGGGCAACUCCGAGUUCUGGACGUGGGGGAGUGCUUUCAACUUGAAGUUUUGCGAGACCUGGGAGAGCUACACCACCUGGAGAAACUGAUUCUAUGCAAUUGCAUCAAUCUCAAGGAAAUACAUGGUGUCGACAGACUAUCAAGCUUGACUUCACUCAACUUAUCUGGCUGCUGCAAACUUUCCAAUUCCAACGUUCCAGGGCUUAGCGAGUGCAAGUCAUUACAACGUCUAUACCUCAGUGGUAGCAAAGUUCACAUCUCCCCCAAUGAUUUGGAGGUUCUAUCCCAGCUGCAAACCAUAAGCUACUACUCGUCCAGAUUGACUCCUGGAUGCAAGAAUCAGCUGGCAGUUCCUGUUCACUUAGAUAACUCUCAAGCAAUAGAGCCUCUUGUGCCAAUGAAGGACGUGAUACUACUGGAAGAGACGGUUUCAGGUUUCAAGCCAGUUCAAGCAAUUGUGAUCCAACUGGUGGCACACGAUCAAGGAUGGUCUGAUUCUGAACACCUGCAUGGGAGGUUCUUGGGGUGGCAGCUGAGAGUGAAGGAGGCCAAGAUGAAGAUUUUUUACGAUCGUGCAGGCACCGCAGCUGGUUUGUUUUCUCACGACCCACAGUUCAUGGCAGAGUUGAAAUGGCAGCACUGGCGGUACACUGUUGCAGACUGGCUCCCGUGCUGGUUUGAGCUGCGCAAACUUGCUGCCCUCGACUUGGCACAUACCGAAUUUAUGUUUCUACAGUGGGAUAACAAACAGUUGGUAGUGGAGAAAGUGGUGAAUGAACAAGAAGAAGAGUCUGUCAACUUUCCUCGAUACAGACAUGUUAAAGUCUCAAGCGCAGAAUUCCGACAGUUCUUUAAUUCGUGUGCCACCGUGAGGAAUUCCAUGGCACACCCUUGGCUCGAUCUGGGUGCCCUUUCUAGGCACGGGUGGUCCCAACAGUUGAGACGUCCGAAGCACUUGGCCGAAGGCCCGAUUUGUGUGUCCGAGAUAUGGUUCCAACUCAAGAUGGAACGGGAUGAGUGUUUCCAGGCUCAGGAGUGGCCAAAACGAUGGCACAAACGAGAUCAGUGUCCGUUUUUCCGGCUGGCAUACAGAUCCCAUCUACAUUCGGGGUGCAAACUUGGUGGACGCAGGCACUUUAAGAAGGGCGAUGCAAAUGCUCAUCUCUUAGAACAAAAUGGUGGCUGGCAUAUCUUAUACAGCACCAACGUCAUGCAGUUUUGCACCCUCAACUUGUCUACAAAGACUGGUAAGAAGGUUUUGUAA